CAUAUUCCAUUAUCUCAUUCUUCAAUCCGAGGCCAGUCUUCCACGCUGGUACUUCCAAUUCCAAUCCGUCUUCUCCUUCUUCUGUUCAAGCCUUGUGCGCAAUGAAAGUUCACUUGCAGACCCAUGUGCAAACCCAAGCGCUCCCACCUCGUUCACGUGCAUUUCUCUUUUCCACACCCGCACAAAGUUUUGGGUCUCGGAAGUUCACCACCAAGAAGGGCACUUUUUGUCUCAGACAGUGUAAUAAGAGCUACGGUUAUGGUAGUUCUAUCAAAAGCUCGGUUACUGGGGGGAUAAAUGAAGUGCAAGAAGAAGAAGAUGAGCGGAAGGAGAAGCGACAGCCGGUUGUGAAGCGGGCUUACCCUUUUCACGUAAUCGAGCCCAAGUGGCAGCAUUAUUGGGAGAAGAAUCAGACUUUUCGAACACCAGAUGAAAUUGAUACUUCCAAACCUAAGUUUUAUGUCCUCGACAUGUUCCCAUAUCCCAGUGGAGCUGGGCUACAUGUCGGCCAUCCACUGGGGUAUACUGCCACCGAUAUUCUUGCUAGAUUCAAACGCAUGCAGGGUUACAAUGUUUUGCACCCAAUGGGAUGGGAUGCAUUUGGAUUGCCUGCAGAGCAAUAUGCAAUUGAGACUGGAACUCACCCAAAAAUUACAACUUUGAGGAACAUCAACCGCUUUCGUUCUCAGCUUAAAUCAUUAGGCUUUUCAUAUGACUGGGACCGUGAAAUUGCUACAACAGAACCAGAAUAUUAUAAAUGGACGCAGUGGAUCUUUCUUCAGCUGUUAAAGAGAGGACUCGCAUACCAGGCUGAAGUGCCAGUCAAUUGGUGUCCUGCUCUUGGCACUGUCUUGGCAAAUGAGGAGGUGAUAGAUGGUGUGAGUGAGCGUGGGGGUCAUCCAGUUAUAAGAAAGCCAAUGAGGCAAUGGAUGCUCAAGAUUACUGCAUAUGCUGAACGUCUUCUUGAAGAUUUAGAUGACCUCGACUGGCCUGAUAGUGUAAAGGAAAUGCAAAGAAACUGGAUAGGGAGGUCAGAAGGGGCUGAGAUGGAAUUUUUUGUUCUCGACAAUGAUGGACGAGAAAGUGAUAUAAAGAUUACAGUUUUUACUACCAGGCCUGAUACCAUCUUUGGAGCAACCUACUUAGUUGUGGCACCGGAGCAUUUUUUGUUGUCAUCAUUGGUGUCCACAGCCCAGCAGAAAUAUGUGGAGCAAUAUAAAGAUCUUGCCACAAGGAAGAGUGACCUUGAGAGGACUGAGCUUCAGAAGGAAAAAACUGGGGUCUUUAGUGGUUGUUAUGCAAGAAAUCCAGCUAACGGGGAAGCUAUCCCUAUUUGGGUUGCUGAUUAUGUCCUUGGGAGUUACGGAACUGGAGCAAUUAUGGCUGUACCUGCACAUGACACUCGUGACCAUGAGUUUGCUUUGAAGUAUGAUAUACCUAUUCGUUGGGUUGUGUCACCAGAUGAAAAGAGUCCUAAUGAUUAUGGAAAUGCUUUUCUGGGUCAAGGCACAAUUAUAAAUUCAUCAGAUUCAACUUUGGGGCUUGAUAUUAAUGGCUUGUGCAGCAAAGAAGCUACUGCUAAAGUUAUUGAGUGGGCUGAGAAAACUGGAAAUGGGAAGAAAAAGGUGAACUACAAGUUGAGGGACUGGCUUUUUGCUCGGCAGCGUUAUUGGGGGGAGCCUAUCCCAGUCAUUUUCUUGGAUGAUUCUGGUGAGACUAUUCCACUUCUUGAAAAAGAACUGCCUCUCACCCUACCAGAAUUGGAGGACUUUACUCCCACAGGGACAGGGGAACCGCCACUAGCAAAAGCAGCAUCUUGGAUCAAAACUACAGAUCCUUCAUCUGGAAAGCCAGCUAGAAGAGAAUCAAACACCAUGCCACAAUGGGCUGGCUCUUGUUGGUACUAUUUGAGAUUUAUGGAUCCAAAAAAUUCAAAAGAAUUGGUUGAUAAGGAAAAAGAAAGGUAUUGGAGCCCUGUUGAUGUGUAUGUUGGUGGUGCGGAACAUGCUGUUCUUCAUUUACUUUAUUCCAGGUUCUGGCACAAGGUUCUCUAUGACAUUGGUGUUGUGUCCACCAAGGAACCCUUCCAGUGUGUCAUAAAUCAGGGCAUUAUCCUUGGAGAAGUUCAAUAUAUGGCUUUCCGCAAUUCAGAUGGGAACUUUAUAUCUGCAGAGUAUGCUGAUAUGCUGGGUGAAAGUAUUCAAGAAAAAAUUCCUGAGGAGAAAGUUGUGAAAUCUGGGGAUUCUUUUGUGCUGAAAGAUAAUCCAAAAAUUCGUUUGGUGGCUCGUGCUCACAAGAUGAGUAAAAGUAGGGGAAAUGUUGUGAAUCCUGAUGACGUUGUUUCUGAGUAUGGUGCAGAUUCCCUUCGCUUAUAUGAAAUGUUUAUGGGACCAUUUAGGGACUCGAAAACUUGGAACACUAGUGGUAUUGAAGGUGUCCAUCGAUUUUUAGGAAGAAGUUGGAGACUGAUAGUCGGCUCACCUUCACCUAAUGGUACAUUCAUGGAUGGUACAGUGGCAAGUGAUGAAGAACCUACUUUAGAACAACUUCGUUCCCUCCAUAAAUGCAUUUCUAAGGUAACAGAGGAAAUUGAAGGGACAAGGUUCAACACCGGAAUUUCUGCAAUGAUGGAGUUCAUUAAUGCAGCAUAUAAGUGGGAUAAACAACCAAGAUUGAUCAUUGAAGCAUUUGUGUUGUUACUUUCACCAUACGCACCUCACAUGGCAGAGGAGCUCUGGUUUCGCUUAGGACACUCAAGAUCACUUGCAUAUGAGCCUUUCCCAAAGGCCAACUCCGUUUACUUGAAGAAUUCCACUAUUGUCUUACCUGUUCAGAUCAACGGCAAGACGAGGGGUACCAUACAGUUUGAAGAAGGGUGUACAGAGGAGGAUGCUUUCAAUUUAGCAGUAGAGGAUGAAAAAAUCUCCAGAUAUUUGGUUGGGAAGGUUAUCAAAAAGAGAAUUUAUGUCCCUGGAAAGAUUUUGAAUGUUAUCUUGGAACGUGAAAACAUUAAGAUCGGUGCCCGGUAGCCCCCGCGAGACCAUGUAGAGUUCAGUCUGGAAGCGGCAGCUAUGAGUUUACAUGUAGCCACCAACUGGGCAUCCACCCUUCAAAUCUGUUGGAUGCACAUCUUCAGGUGGCUAAAGAAAUAUGCCUUUGACCGCAUAUCUCCUGCAAAUGAACUUUCCAGCUAAAGUUGAAUAUUUACAUGCAUGUCGAUAAUCUGACCAAUCCAGAUUUAAAUGCGCAUUAAAGUCUUUUAGAUACAACAACUAGGGAAUGCAUACCUGUUAUAGUUGUGUGUGUAUGUGUGGGGUAUUUCAGGGCAAUAUCAUCUUUUAGUUGCUUUUAUACAUUAUUAACUUUAUU